AUGGAUCUCAGGUCUCCAAGUAACACGGUGCCCCAUAGUUACAACGAUACAAUUGCUCCGGGCUGGUAUGAAGCACCCCAAGGAUGGACCAUGGCUGCUAGUGAUCCAAAUUUUGCAUGUGGAACAGAAUUUUCUUUAUAUACCCAAGCGACAGACGGAGAUCUCAUGCUUAUCUGCGAGUCAUUCUUCCCUGGUGCAUGUUUUUCACCAUCCAUCGUGCAAACAGUGACCUGUGAAAGAAACAAGACGCUUUAUGGACUUUUCCACUUGAAUGGUCUCGUCACUUACUGCUUCGAAUGCACACCAUACCCCUUGGAUCUUCUCAUCAUAGAGGACGUAUCUACUUCAGUAAUUAAGCAGGAUUUUUUGAAGAUGAAGAAAUUUGGUAUGGAAGUUGUCAGCGGCCUUGACAUAAGUCCUCAAGGUACAAAUGUCGCCUUUAUGUCAGUAUCGAAAAAGGCUCAAAUUGGCUUCCACUUGAAUGCAUACACAAACGAAUCUGACGUGUUAACAGCUAUGGCUGCACAACAUGGCAUUGGUGGACGCACGGUCCUAGGUGAUGGUGUUAAGCUGGCAGCAUCUGAUGUCUUCAACCCCUCCAAUGGUGAUCGUCCAGAUGCAAAAAACGUUGUUUUGAUGUUCACCGAUGGAAGAGCCAAUGGCGGGCCGAGUAUCCACAAGACAUUCAGGCUUUUGACCUCACAGGCUGACGUAUUUGUAGUGACAGUGACAUCGCAAGUGGAUCAGGUUGCAGUAAGGCGGCUCUCUUCGGGCUAUAAUCACUACAGGAGCAUCGACGACAAAGACGCCCUGACUUGGGCCAAAGAUGCCGUCACUCCAUGCAAACGGUACAAAAUCUAA